AUGGACUCGCAGUUGCUGGCAAUGAAAAGUGGACCGUUUACGUCCUUAGCAUGUUCGUUGGAACCGUUGGCAGUAAAGAACGAAGAGACCGAAGAGGAAGAAAUCACUUCAUCGUCGAAAAGGAAUCGUAAAAAUCGAACAAAACGGCAAGAAAAGCCUCCCUACAGCUAUAUCGCCUUGAUCGCGAUGGCUAUUCAGAAGCGGCCGGACAAACGAGCCACGUUAGCGGAGAUCUACACGUUCCUCCAAGAACACUUUGAUUUCUUUCGAGGUGAAUAUGUCGGUUGGAGAAAUUCAAUUCGACACAAUCUCUCACUCAACGACUGCUUUGUAAAGCUACCAAAGGAAGCAGGAGAACGUGGUAGAAAAGGUCACAAGUGGACUAUCUCGGAUAACUGCGAAUUCCUGCUCGAAGAGGGAGCCUUCCGACGUCGUCCGCGUGGAUACAAAGCCAGAAAACGGCCGGUCUACGGACAGUUCACUCAGUUCGAGUAUCCUCAAUCGAUGCCCGAAUAUCCAAUGGACAAGACGAUGAUGGAUCCUUUAACGGCCGGCACUUCUACUGUGCCACCAAUCGCUGCCCCAGGUCCCACCAUGAUGUACCCUGGCUAUCUUCCUGGUUGUCAACAAUUGACACCGUGGACACAACAAUACGACCAUGCCUGGUACGGAUACGGUCCACAGGAUACGGUAUCGCCAAAUUACUUUUAUCAACCCGAUAUGAUGCAUUACGAGGAAUGGCCUCAAAUACCGUAUCCAACGGCUACUAAUGAAAUGCUCUACGCCGCCAAUGCAAGUGAUAAUCACCAUAUGGAGGAUACUGACUCCACUUUUGUCGACGAUUUUCGAUUUCCUUGGGAACAUUUGGCUGAUUUCUAUGCGGUUUUCCAACGCACGAAUCCAACAGACGAUACCACCCGCGAUUACGACUGCUGUCUAUCGAGAGUUCAUCUGAAUGAUAAAGAUCUCGUCAAACUAAGUGAACGUAAACGUACUGUCGAAUCGCCUGGCGCUGAAGUGUUGGUGGAUUCUGUUGUAGCGAUGGGGCUUUCCGACAACGAAGAUAACGACAAUGCUCUCACUCUUCAGUCAUGCGAAACAAACGAAAGUUCAGCCACCGGCGAGAAAGAGUCGAAGCCUCUUGAACUGAAGGCAGAUGCUUGGGCAGAGCUGCCGAAACGGUUUGGUUCGGCGAAAAAGCAAGAUCAUAGCAAAUAUUAUCGGAAAAGGAAGAGGACGAUUGAUGACGCUCAGCGGUGGUUAAAAGAUGCUAGCUUCGAUGAGUAUUGGGAGGAUACCGCAUCAUAUUUAGUCUAUCGCACUUGGUAUGAAGAUUACGGUAGCAUCAUGAAUGAGGAUGAUAGAAGCGCUUUAGCGAAACAGCACAUCUCGAAAUAUUUCGGACUUACCAAGAAUGUCAAGUUUUCUACUUACGAAGAGUUAUUUGCACUACAUACGGAAGCUGUUAUGAAAUUAGCAGAAAAAGAUUUCGAAUUGUUCCACAUCUCGUUGACCAGUCAGCGUUGUAAGACGUUUCUCAAAAAGAUCGAAAAGAUGGGCUUUGUCCCUGGCUACAGCAAAUCAGAUAUAAUUUCUCCAGCGGAAGAAGCACCAAAGUCAGUUGAGGAAGCCCCUGAAGAAAAGAAGAUGAAACGAGAGCGCAAGAGACGUUUCCCAAUUAUUUAUGGUGACGAUGAGAUAUUCAGCGAUAUCUAUUACGACGUCUACGAUCCCUAUGCGGCGUCAAUGGGCGUAGUGCUUAAUAGAAAGGAAAAAACUGCUGAGGAAGAGGAUUCUGCAGUCGAUGGUGGGACUAUGAAUGAAAGCCAGAACGAUGAAUCAGAAAAGAAGGACAUUUUAACAGAAAAGAACGACAAGCCUGAGGCGAAUAUUUCAUUCGCAUUCGACCCCAUCAAAGAUGCCCAUCUAGUGGCCAAGUAUGCCUAUGAAGCCUACAGGGACGAUGAGGAAAUUAUCAAGUAUUGGUAUCAGAGGUAUCGUUUGUUCUCGAGACUCGACAAGGGGAUUUUGAUGGACCGAGAAGGAUGGUUCUCUGUGACGCCUGAACGAAUUGCGGAACAUAUCGCCGAUCGAAUGGUCCGGCAACCGAAUGUGUUGAUUGUUGAU